CACAGUUUACGCACUUCCCGGAAGUGCAGUGGGGGGACACAGGCCCCAUCGAUUGAACACAACUGCACACACACAAGCAUUUCUUAAUAAUAAAGCUGUGUUUGUAUAUGUCACGUCCAUGGAGCACUGCCGCUAACACAUAUGGAGUGUCAAGAGGAAAAGCCGAUCAUCUACACUAUGGAGAACAAGCCGAUCGUGACGUGUGCCGGAGACCAGAGCUUGUUUACGUCUCUCUAUACCUCACUGGCCCAACAACUUCCCAGGGAGCCAAUGGAGUGGAGGAGGACGUACGGCCGCGCACCAAAGAUGAUCCACCUUGAAGCUAACUUCGUCCAGUUUAAAGAGGAGCUCCUCCCAAAGGAAGGCAACAAGGCUCUCCUCACCUUCCCCUUCCUCCACAUCUACUGGACUGACUGCUGUGAUACAGAGGUGUACAAGGGCUCGGUGAAGGAGGACAUGAUGCGAUGGCAGAAUAGCUUGCGGGCUCACGGCUCGGCGGACUGGGUCAUCAUCGUCGUGGAGACCAACGACAACAAGAAGAAGAACAAGACCAACAUCCUGCCUCGCUCAUCCAUCGUUGACAAGAUCCGCAGCGACUUCUGCAACAAGCAGAACGACAGAUGCGUGGUGCUGUCAGACCCUCUGAAGGACUCGUCCCGGUCUCAGGAAUCCUGGAAUUCCUUGCUGCUCAAGCUGCGGACUCUCCUCCUCAUGUCCUUCACCAAGAACCUGGGCCGAUUCGAGGACGACAUGCGCACGCUCCGAGAGAAACGCACGCAGCCUGGCUGGAGCUUCUGCGAAUACUUCAUGGUCCAGGAAGAGCUGGCCUUUGUUUUCGAGAUGCUGCAGCAGUUUGAAGAUGCCCUUGUCCAGUAUGAUGAACUAGAUGCUCUUUUUACACAAUAUGUUCUUAACUUUGGAGCUGGAGACACGGCUAACUGGCUCGGCUCAUUCUGCGCCCCGGUGCGUAACUGGAGCGGCCUGCUGCUCCGGAGGCCCAUCGACAUGGAGAAGAGGGACGGGAUCCAGCGUGGGGAGGCCAGCCUGUUAGAUCUGAGGAGCUACCUGUUCUCUCGCCAGUGCACCUUACUCAUCUUCCUCCAGAGGCCCUGGGAGGUGACGCAGAGAGCCCUGGAGCUGCUGCACAACUGUGUCCAGGAGCUACGCCUGCUGGAGGUGUCUGUGCUGGAGGGGGCGCUCGACUGCUGGGUGUUUCUCAGCUGUUUGGAGGUUCUGCACAGGAUCGAGGGUUGUUGUGAUCAGGCCCAGUUAGCUGCAAACUGCUCCCACACCGUCGGGCUGUGGGCCUACGCGACUGACAAGCUGAAGUCCCUCGGGGAACUCUGUGGCCUGGUGUCAGAGAAGGGACCCACAUCUGAGGACCUGAACAGGACUGUGGAUCUGCUGGCCGGACUGGGUGACGAGAGGCCUGAGACCGUGAACAGUCUGCAGAGCCCGUACAAAAAGCUGAAGGAAGCCUUAUCGUCCGUGGAAGCUUUCGAAAGGCACUAUCUUGAACUCUCUCACGCUGCUAUGGAGAUGUACAGGGCCAUCAGCCGGCUGAGGUCUGCCAGACUGGUGGGAAAAAGCCUGGCCGAGUUCUACAUGAGGAAGGGUGACCCCGAGCGGGCCGAAACCUUUUUACAGGAAGCUCUGAAGUCGUACGUGUCAGAGGGAUGGAGCCUCCCCGUCACUCACACCAGGAAACAGAUCGCCGAGUGUCAGAAACUGCUGAGCAGAACUGAAGACUACCUGCAGACCAGUGCCUUGUUGGCUGGUGACGUGAACCUGACCACGGAGGAGAGGAAGCACUUUUGUCAAGAAAUCCUGACCUUUGCUGGCAAGUCUGGAGAUCAGUCUCAGAAAGUGACUCUCAGCAUGGGCGUUUUCACUCAGCUCACGCGGCUACAGUUCCGUCCGGCCACAGCCUCGGUGCACUCCGGAGCCGUCCUGCAGGUGGAGCUUACGCUGCGAUGUUUGAUGCCCGUGUCGGUGCGCAUUCAGCAGCUAGCCGCGAGCAUCCACUUCGACCUGGAGCGCGGCGGGACUAACGGAAGGUCUAAAGGAGCUCAGAGACAAACAAACCCAGGGAUAGUAGAGUUUCACCAGGCCAACCCGUCGGCGGGGCCCCCCUCCUCGUCUGCCGGCCCCUCUUUGGAGCUCGAUGAGAUUCAGGACAGGAGUCCGUCGGACAAUUCCCUCAACUCUACAGGAGUGGUGUGUAAAAACACUCAUCUGGUCAUGCGUCGCCAUGACAGCAACUCACCGCCGGACACGCCCAACUGUGUCAGCCCUCCUGCUGUUGCCAUGAAGGAAGGAGCGCAGAUGCUCCAAGUGCAGGAUGUAACGUUAGAGCCCGGCAACAACAGCAUCGUCUUCACGGCACCAAGUGGACAGCCAGGAACUUACACACUGCGUCAGCUGUUCGCCACGGUGGGUCAGGUGCAGUUUGUGCUGCCUCACAUCUACCCAUCAGUCCAGUAUGAAGUCUAUUCUCAGGAGCCCCAACUCACCGUGGAGCCUCUCUCAGAGCCGCUGCUGGCCGGUCUGCCUCAGAUGGUGAAGUUCACUCUGUUAACGGGUCACUACGCUGUGAAGAAAGGAGAUGCUCUGCAGCUCAGCAACACUGACACCAUGCCCAUCCUGCCCUCCACCAACUGCUCCGCCCGCAUCAGCAACCCCGCCGCAGAGUUGGUGGCCGAAAGCUCUCUGUCCAUCCAGUCCUCUGAGAAGGUAACCAGCAUCAGCCUGCCCCCCACCCCUCCGUACCACACCCUGGAGUUCCAGCUGGAGGUUCUGUGUGUCAUCCCGUCCGGGACGGAGCGACCCGCCAAUGAGAGGCUGACCAACGGGGAGGUUCGCCACCGACCACGCAGCUACAGUCACCCUGACACGCCCAUGACCGCCAUCGACCAGAGGAUGUCCAUCGACUGUCCGUGGUCGAUCUACUCCACGCUGCUUGCCCUUACCUUUUACAUCCCCUUCAAGACCAAACACUCGCUGCUUUCCGCUGGUAACAGGAAGUACAUCCAGGUGUGUGUGCAGAACGUGUCGGACCUUAACUUCACGCUGGCUGAAGUGAAGCUGGCAGAGAAGCAGUACGCGUCGCUGGAGCUGCAGUCCCUCAACACUAAAACACAACAGCUCUUGUGCAGUAAGCACAGCGUGUUCUGCUUGUGGGAGGUGAGGUGGAAGGACGACCUGCCCUCCUGUCUCCAGUGCGUUUUCUCUGCCGACUUCUCUCCGGUCAACCAAGACGUCUCCGCCUUCAAACCCUUCCACUACCAGUUCCAGCUGGAGAGAGUCACUACGUUGUACAGUGUGCAAGCUGAGAUCUUGCCUCCCGCCGGCGAGCAGCACUGUCGCUCUGGUUUCCUCUGCGGGCUGGAGGUGUCCAUAACACGACUGACUGAACCUGCAGAGGGCGAGGUGGCAGAAGACAGCAAGACUGACAGUGACGGCCUCAAAACCACCAAACUCAUGUAUGAAGUGGCUGACAGCAGCAGUAACUGGGCAGUGUGUGGGAAGAGUUCAGGGAUGGUGUCGAUGCCUAUGGCAGCCAGUGCCACCCACAAGGUGCAAAUCGAGGUGAUGCCUCUGUUCGCGGGACACCUGCCCUUCCCCAAGAUCAAAGUGCUCAAGUACCUGCCCCACACUGCAGCAGUGGCCAUCCAGCCAGACCCUGACAGCUGCGUGGAGAACGACAGCCUGUCCCUGCUGGAUAAGACGUUGGACGACCAGGCGGACACGGCGAGCAUCCGCAGCCGGGGCAGUGUGCACUCUGUGGGCAGCAGCGGCGACCAGCAGCAGAAGGGCGUGGCCAUGCCACGUCUUGAGCCCUUCAGCCCCGGACAGGUGUUCAACCACAGCCACACGCGGCAGGUCCUGGUGCUGCCCGCCACCGACGACCACAUCAUGGAGGUCAACGCUACAUGACCCUGGUGGCGAGACCACCAGCCCCCUUCUUACAGAACUGAACCCAAGCCCUGGACGGACUCUAUUGAGCUUUUGCUCUGGGGUAUAUCGGGUCCAUGAGUCCAUGUCGAGGAUCGCUACAGGUCGCCGGGAUGGACUCACCCCCUAAGCAUGAAACGAUCACAACACUGGAGACAUUAGGGACUAGACACGGUGACGAGCCAAUGACAUCUGCUGAUAAAAAUUGAAAUAAAAUUUUUUCUUUGCCAUACUUUGUACAUAGCUCAUUGGAUGGAUUUAUAGUUCUAAAUAUAUAAAUAUAUAUAUGGACUGAUCAAUCAGAUCGGUGCCUGUUGUGCUCCUUGGAACUGAAGAAUCACAGUCCUGAUUGUCCCAUGAUGCACCAAAGCCCUAGAUGUGUGUAAGCCUCGAUCAGCUACUCAAGUACUGUAACUUUGACUGAGUGUGUUCGCUGUACGUGCUGUCCCUGCACCUCUCAGACAGUCUUCUCUUUUACAUUUGAGACUUUGGUCCUGAUGAUUACGCUCACGUUAAAUAAAUAAGCUGCUGUUUUCGUCACAACCAGGAAGGUUAACAAACGCCAUAAUCCUGACAGACUCUUCUGUGCCGCGGAUACAAACAAUAUUCCCUCUGUUGUAUGCUGAAGUAGAAUGUUAACUUUAGGCUCCCAAUACAUGCUAUUAACCUGAUAAUGGUACAACCCAACCAAUGUGUGAGAGGCUAGAAAUGUUGUCACGUGGGACCCCUCGUGAAGUUCUGGUGACGUGUUUUUCUUUCUCUUCUCUCAACACGUUCUACAAUAUGUUGAUGACACUGACCUGUACGACCUAAAAUGUGGUGAAGCCAGAGAGGCAGGCAGGCUGUGAUUGUUUGGAGUCCAACAUGUGGUCAUGGCAAAGUAACAGCGAGCGUCACAGUAACCACGUUGAAAGGGAAAAAAUGUGUUGUCUGAAGCCGUCACCUUCCUUUUCUGCAGCGGUCGUUUGCAGUUGCCGCAUUUGUUACAAUUCGAGUUUUCUUCACACCAGAGGGAAUAUAUUUGGUAUCAGCAGGAUAGAGGAAGUCUAUAGAUGUCCAGCAUCUGGACAGUUGUAACAUCAUCAUGUGAAAAGAUUCCAAAAAAAAGAAAAUUCUGUCACUUUUAAACUGACACUGCUAGUACAAGUUUAAACUUGUUAAGAUACGAUAAGAACACUAGAUCCAACACUGAUUUGAUUGUUUGUUUUUCUGAUAAUUCUCCAAAAUUCACAAUCGAUAUCCUGUUGUCAGGUUUUAUUUGGAACUGGAAGAUCUAAAAACAGUUUUUGCUCCAUUGGGACAGAAACAAGUUUGAUUCUGAGUACAUGUGGUGACUCUUGUGAAACUAAAACAGCGACUUGUGUGUCUGACUCGGACGCAAACAUCAGCACAAAAUCUUCAAAUCUAAAAGCAUUAAAGACGUGAGAGGCUCAGAGUAGCGGUGUGUAUCUGUAGUUCUGUGUAUGUGUGAGUGUGUGUGUGUGUGAGAGAGUGUGUGAGUGUGUGAGAUCAGGUGAGACUUUUAAACAAGGAUCAACCAGUGCACAUUAUUGUCUAUCUAUUGUCUUACCUAUCAGUGGAUUGUUCAUAUACAGUGUGUGUAUAUUUAUUCUGUCUGAGUGUGUGUGUGUGUGUGUUUGAUUGGGGUGUGUGUGCGUCGCCAAAAUCCGUGUCCGAGCUAUGCACACAUACCGACAGGUGUUGAAUAGAUGAAUGAAAUAUUUCUUCAUUCGUUUAUUUGAAAGGAUGAAUGUUCUUCUGCUCUCCUUCCUCCCUCCCCCGGCGCACACACACACAGUGUAACUACAGCCUCCUGCUCCUCUUUGACCACUGUACAUACUGAUCUGUAAAUACUGAGUCAAAUCAAAAUCAUCUUUGAUUGCCAACUAUAUUAAAAAAUCAUUGGAACUGAC